AUGAAGCCAGCGCUGGGGGUACUUGCGCUCACAAUGGCGACGGUAGUGGCGGGUGGUGGCAUCUACGGGACUCGCGGGGACGUCAAGUUUGUUGAUACGUUGUCAGCGAUCCAUUCGUACGAGGAACAGAAUCCCAGCGUUGCUUCCGUUCACGAUGAGGUUCGGCGUGCACUCUUGGACGGGGCAGCAAGUUCUGAACAAUUAGAAGAGGACUUCGCCAAUGCGCAAGAAAAGUACAUGCAGCUCAAGAAGCUUCGUGUGCAGGUCGAGAUGGCCACGUCGCACUGCCAGGAUGAUAACUGUUUCGAUGAAGAGCAGCGUAAACUCUUUGCCUACUUGCAACGCGCUGGCAAGUUCAAGGGAAACCUUCCUCCAAUCGGGACGUUUUCUCGAGAACGUGCAAGCUUUCCAUUGCCCGAGUUCCCUUCGGCAGACGAACAUGAGCUCGAGACUCCUGUUGAACGUCCCGCACCUCGGUACAUGGAUCACAUGGGCCAGUUCGACCUUGACGACGACGAUGAGGAAAACAUGGACCUUGAACUGGACGAUGGGGACUUUGUCGACGAGUUUGCGUACGACCGAAAGAAGAACGGUCGACGGGGGUAUUUUCCAUCCAAGGAGGAGAUGGAAGACCAAAUUCGGCGGCAGGUGGAAGCACAUCUCAUGGAUGCUCGUGACGACAUGCAAGGCAAAGUGCAGUGGACUCCGGAAGGUGCGGCAACAGCAUCCAUUGUGUGUCUGCCGUACACGUCCAUCUGCGAUUUCAACAUCGUCGCCGGGAUCAUCUACACGGCCCUCGUCAGCCUCCUCGUGUCGGUCUUUAACCAGUCCAAGGGGUCGCGCAAGAAAUCCAAGAAAAAGUAAUUCUAAGUGUAUUAUUUUCAACGAGCGCCAAGUCAUGGUUGUUGGCACGAGAAUUGAGACUAGCGAUGACGACGACUCCCAGUCGAAGUCAGCUCGGUCGGCGGGUGACGCUACUUUCGCUC